GUUCUAAAAAUAAGUUACGUAUUAAAUUUUGUUAAUUAUUAUUGAAUUAUGGAGAAAUUUUAGUUAAUUUUUUGUAAAGCUCAUAGGCAAGACUUGAGAAUUCGUUAUUAGAAAAUAGCCAUGACGAAAUCGGCGUGGGCUUCGCUUAGAAAGUUCGUCAUCUAUAAGUAUUCAGACUCAGGUGCUGAGGAAUCAGUUUUUCGGGUAUUUCCAAGCUAUUAAGAAUUUGAGAAUCAAAAUGAAAUUUUAUUGUGAAUUAUUUUUGUGUAUUAUAGCAGUUUUGUGGGUCGAAGUCAGCGCCAAUUGUUCGUCUUUGGAGAAUUCAGAUUUAGAAAAUAUUGUGGAAGAAGGUUCUGUAUUUUAUAUAGAUCUACAUUGUACCAAGUAUACUUGUCAAAAUGGUCAAUACAGUCGUGAAACGUGUUCAUUACCUCAAUGUAAAGAUAAUAUCAUGCCCAUAAUGGAUAAUACAAAACGUUACCCAGAUUGUUGUCCAGCUUGCCCGGAAAUCAGUAAAAACUAUUCUACAUCUCAUCUUUAUAAGUAAAAAAUAAUCCCGUAGAAAAUUGUAAGAUAACACGCCAGAAAAAUACAAUAAUAUUAUACAGUAUUAAUUGACGCAAUAAAAACAUU